AUGAAUGAUGAGUGGGUAAUUCCUGAUAAUGGUGGCCAAAGCAAAUGUGGUUGGACGCCCUAUGCCGGCAUGAAAGUUCGUGGACGGGUCCAAAAAGUUGUGAUACGAGGAGAAGAGGCUUUUGUAGAUGGAGAGGUUAUUGUUGACCCUGGAUUUGGUAAGAACAUGAGGAUUCUACAAGCGUCGUCAAUUCAACAGCUUGGAAAAGCUGGGUCGAGCAACGAAUUAGAUUUGGACUCGAGCAUCAGAGAAUUGCAUGUGACAACCGAGGAGGUUAAAACGGACAGAAGUCUCAGUAGCGAUGGCAGUCCAUCUCCAGUGCCGAUGUUAUCUACUACGCCUGGAGCAGUAUCUUUAGUGGGCAGCCAUCUGCUGAGUGUACAUGACCUUAACAAGGCAACUAUUAAUCGAAUCUUUGACGUGGCGGAUCGUUUCCGAAGUGAUGUUGAACGACGGCACUCGCUCACUCAUGUGCUUGAGGGAUAUGUGAUGGCAUCGAUGUUUUAUGAAGUAUCCACUCGAACGGCGAGCUCAUUCUCAGCUGCCAUGCAACGGCUGGGAGGGGCUGUAGUACACAUGGAUAAUUCUGUCACCAUAAUGUCAAACUAUGCCGACAUUGUUGUACUGAGACAUAAUGAGACUGGCGCAGCAACGCGAGCUGCAGCGAUCUCCUCCAGGCCGGUGAUUAAUGCGGGAGAUGGAGCUGGGGAACAUCCAACUCAGGCUUUGCUUGAUGUGUACACGAUUCGACAAGAGAUUGGUACAUUGAAUGGAGUCACAAUUGCGAUGGUAGGAGAUUUGAGAAAUGGACGAACAGUACAUUCACUGGCGAAGUUGCUUUGUGUUUACAAGGUGAGAGCGCUUUUUUCCGCUCAUGGAUUCCGAUUUCUUCAAGUUUUGUCGCUAGUUUGUUCUACAUAUCUCUUAGAUUAUCGCUUAGUUUGUUUCCUAUUGCAAUUGAUAGCUUUUUACGACUGUACUGAUGUACAAAAUUUUACUUGAAU